UCAAAUUUAUUGCGCAAAAGAGCGCAUUCCCAAAACGAAAUUGUGCACUCGAGAUUGCCAAAACCUGUCUGGAUUAUACUAGGUCUACGUCACUUUAAACGUAUCAGAAUGUCAACGACAGAUCUCAACCAACUUGACACCCUUUUUUGAUGAUAAAUGUUUAAAACGUGUGCUGGUUGUCUUAUGUGUUUGUGGGCCUAUUUGUAAUAGUGAAGGUCUUCAUAUGUCGAUUGGAAUAUCAUUCGCGAAUGUCACUUUCCCCUGUUCACUAUAGCAUAGGUCACUGACUAGUGUCACCAACCGCAAGACUCCAAAAGACCUGCAGACCGGUCGAGAUUUUUAUAUAUUGUAAAAAUGAACCUUAUUGGGAGCUACCAGCAUCAUCAUCUGAUGCACGAGACGUUUCCAUUCGUCCAGAGGUGUCAUCAAGAUUAUCCCUACUUCCAAAACUGGGUGGUGAACCAUGGCGAAGUCAACUCUGACUUCCAGAUCCAGAUGCCUUACUCCACGGAGUUCGGGGCUCCGGGUCCGGCGCAAGAAAGCCAGCUGGACGCUCUCUCCGCGUGCAUGGGGAAGAGGAGAGCAAUAGGGCCGAAGAAGGAGCGGAGAAGAACGGAGAGCAUCAACACCGCGUUCACCGAACUGAGAGAAUGUAUACCAAAUGUACCGGUAGAUACGAAACUGUCCAAAAUUAAAACGUUACGACUAGCAACAAGUUACAUUUCCUACCUAAUGGACGUGCUGGCUAAAGACACUGGGGAGACGGAGGGAUUCAAGGCCGAAAUCAAGAAAUAUGAUAGAGAUUUGAAACGGAAACGGGAAACGAACGAUGGCCUGCAAGAGUCAUUAGGAAACGAGAAAAAGUUCAAAGGACGGACAGGUUGGCCUCAGCAAGUCUGGGCUUUGGAACUGAACCAGUGAAUGUUUUGACCUCUGAACAUGCAACCCACUCAAAGACUCCGUAUUCAAGCACGUCGCUGCAAGGAAUACAACCACUUAUACUCAUCUACUGUAUAUACGUGCAAUGUUUAAAUUCAAACAAGGUGGACUUGUUAAAUAAAAUGCAAUAUUAUGCAAAUAUUUCAACAACUGCC